AUGCUCAAACAACAAUCAUCGAGAGGCUUCAUCGCCCCGAGGGCACGCCCCAAGACGCUGCUCUUUCUCGCUCUGGCAAUUGUCACCGUCUACUUCCUGGCCACACGCGGCGCUCCUGCCGGCUAUCACGUCGUCCCCUGGAACCAAGACGGCACCUCUCCACCCCCCGAAAAGGCCGCACCUCCUGAACCGCCAAAGUCGGAAGAGGAGAGGAAGCAGGAUGAGGAGAGACAAAAGCAAGAGAGAGAAAAGCACGAGCAAGAUCUGCGAGACGAGUUCGCGCGGGAGUAUGAAGCUGCCAAGAAGCUUCCCGGCAACGACGCGAUCUACGGAAACACACUUAAUUCUCUGAAGGAUAAGGAAAACAGAACCGCCGAGCACGCCGCCAACCUCCGUGAGUCUGGCACGCAGGAGGAGGCCUACACCAACCAGCGACCGGUCUACUUCAACCCUUACCCCGACUACAACAGCGAAGAAUGGAACAAGACGCAUCGCGCGCCUCAUGUGCCCUGCAUUGGUGCGACUGGCGAGGCCGUUGAUGAUCUCUUGGUCUUCAAGGGUCAUCCUGCGAAAUUCCCCAACCCGGGCUUCGGCGGCUUCGAUGUCCUGGACAUGGAUGGCAACAUUUGCUACGAGCGCGAGACCAGACUUGGACCCUACGGUCUUCUUCCUCAACUCAGCAAGGCCGGUCUUCGCAUUGACUGGGACAACAUCAACUGGGGCGACCUCCAGGAGAAGUGUAUUGAGAGAAACGCUGCCCGCUUCGACGAGGGUAAGCCCAACGAGUACAUCAAGACUGCUUACCCCGACAUCGCUGAGAAGUACGGCAAGGAGGUCGAGGAGGAAGAGGAGGCCAACGAGAAACGAGGCCUUACCAACAAGUUCAGGGGCGGGUCCAAGGGCGCUAAGGUGACGACUCCCGACGCCCGUACUGCUGUCCUUCUUCGAACCUAUACCGGCAAGAAGUACACGGAGAACGACAAGCAGGUCAUCCGUUCUCUCAUUUCUGAGCUUUCGCUCCGAUCCGGUGGCGAAUACCAGGUUUUCCUGCUACUGCACGUUCGCGACCAGGCUCUCGACAUCUGGAACGACGAAGCCACGUACCAGUACGUACUCAACGAGCAUGUGCCUCUCGAGUUCCACGGCAUUACCAAGCUGUGGAAUGACCAGGCUAUGUGGAACCUGUACACAGCACUUACCGACGAGAACGAAAAGAGUGUGCAUUCUGCCCAAUGGCUGUCGGUGCAGAAGUUCAGCCAGGACCAUCCCGAGUUCGACUUUAUCUGGAACUGGGAAAUGGACGCCAGGAUCAUCGGCCACAACUACGACUUCCUAAAGCGCCUCUCCGACUUCUCCAAGAAACAGCCUCGCAGAGGUUUGUGGGAGCGCAACGAGCGUUACUAUAUCCCCGAUUUCCACGGAGACUACGAUACCGACUUCCGCAAGGACGUUGAGCAGCGCACCCGCGGUAACCAGAUCUGGGGCCCGCCCAAGCUGCCUUUCAUCAACCCCGUCGGCCCUAAGCCUCCUGUCGAAAACCCCGAGAAGGAGCCGUACAAGUGGGGAGUAGGCGAGGAUGCGGACAUGAUCACUGUCGGCCCCAUCUUCAACCCGAUCAACAGCAGCUGGAUCAUCUCGGACCACAUUUGGGGCUACAGAGACGAAAAGUUCCCCGACCCUGCAAAAACCCUCCCCCGCCGAACCACCAUUGUCACCCAAUCUCGUGUCUCCAAGCGCCUCUUGGACAUCAUGCAUGUUGAGAAUCUUCGUGGCAACCACAUUGCGUCGGAGAUGACCCCUCAGACUGUCGCGCUUCUCCACGGCUUCAAGACUGUGUUUGCACCUCACCCUACCUGGUUUGACCGCCCCUGGAAUGGCACUUUCCUCGAGAAGUGGUUCAAUCCUGGUCCUCGCGGCGAGAGCGGUGGCGAGGGCAGUCCUAUGGGCUGGGGAAGAGAGCGUAGAUGCCAGGGCAUGACUUGGUACUACCGCGCCGAACCCCCACCAAGACUGUACAACAACUGGAUCGGAUAUGUCGACACUAAGAUUGGCGGCAAGAACUGGGAGAGAGCGCACGGUCGUCCGUGUCUGCCACCCAUGAUCCUCCAUCCCAUCAAGGAGGUCAAGCCGACAGAACCCGGAUUCGCGACCCAGUUCGAGCUCUUCUACGGCUGA